AUGGCUAAAUUUAGAAAAUUUCUAAUUAGCAUUAACUAUAACAGACCAAUUGUAGCAUCAAUGGAUAACAUAAAACUUGAAGAAAAAUUACGUUACUCUGCAAGCUUGAGCGUAAUUCUUGGAUCUACAUUACCAUUACAAGAAACUUCAGUAUCUUUUUAUAACAAAAUUAAUACUAUUAUAAAAAAUAUUCAAACCAAUAAUACAAUAGCUAAAUAUGUUUGUGUAUAUAUUUUACAAGUUCCAGUUUCUAAAGUAUUACCAUUUGUACUUAGAAUUAUUCCAAAUAAUAGUGAAAAUAUAUCUGAUGUAUAUGAAAUUCACAAUCAAGUUUUAGAAUUUGCCGCCCAUUUUAAAAUUUAUAUAUUAUCAAUUGGAGCUGAUGGCGUAUUAGUAGAAAUUAAAGCACAAAAAUGUAUUAUGCAAACUAAUACUGAAACUAAGCUUAAAUUUACUGACAAAUUAUACAGAAAUGUCAAUGAUCUAAAUUCAAAUUUAAAAAUUUGGCCUACAGAUGAUGAAAUCAGAGUUCUUAUUAAUGAUGCAUAUAAAGAAGCAAAUGCUUUAGCAAAUGACAAAAUAAUACUACUGAUUAAAGAAAAUUUAACAAAAGAAUUUCAAGAUGGAGAGGAGGUUUUAACAAAAAUUAUUGAAAUGAUAAGAAAUGUUGCAAGUUUAAAUUUAUGA